AAGUUACAAUGAAUCCUAAAUCUUGGUUACUAGAACAGUUCUAAUCUAAAUAUUAUUCUACGGCAGUAGUGAAGUGUCAACUAGAGACCAAGACAUUUGAGUUAAAUUAUAAAAUUGUAACGGCAAUAUAUUAUUAUUAGGCCUCCAUGGAUCACAUAGAUGCAAUUCCUGCAGGCCAGGGGGAUGUGGCUCCUACUGGUGGAAGAGAUUCAGUUGAUGCUAAAGGGGAACCAAGCCAUUCGCAACCAGGUCAGAUAAAUUUGACUGAGAGAGAAUUUCUGUCUGACUCCUAUAAAAUGGACUACCCUAAAAGAGGAACGGCAGUUAUAAUCAACAACAAAAAGUUUCAGCCCAUAACAGGUAUGGGUGAGAGAACCGGAACAGAUGUGGAUGCUAACAGCAUGUAUGGACUACUGGACAAAAUGGGUUUUGAGAAAAUCUUUUGUCAUGAUAAUUUAACUGCAAGGGAAAUGGUUAGGAAGCUCCAAGAGGUUGCAAGACAAGAUCACAAAGACAGCAGCUGUUUUGUCUGUGUAAUUCUCACCCAUGGAGAGGAAGGUUAUGUUUUUGGGACAGAUGACAAGGUGCCAAUUGAUGAUUUGGUUGCUCCAUUCAAGGGACAUAACUGCAAGUCUCUUGCUGCUAAACCCAAAAUAUUUUUUAUUCAAGCUUGCAGAGGCACUGAACUUGAUUCUGGUAUUGAAGUUGCAGAUGCCAGUGAGAUGGAGGUAGAAAUGGAGGAAGAUGAAACCAUUGUUAGGAGAAUUCCCACUGAGGCAGAUUUCUUGAUGGCGUAUUCAGUUGUUCCAGGAUACUUUGCCUGGCGUAAUUCAGCUAGAGGCUCAUGGUUUAUUCAAGCAAUUGUGGAUGUGUUCACUAAGUACUGGGAUAAGCUGGACCUCCUCACCCUGAUGACCAGGGUCAACAAGAAAGUGGCUUAUGACUUUGAGUCCAAUGCAAGUAGAGAGUACAUGAACAGGAAGAAACAAAUUCCUUGUAUAACUUCAAUGUUGACUAAAGAUGUUUACUUUAAAAAGAAAUAAAUAACUUAGCAAAACAAAACAUUAUUGUACAUUUUUGGUUUAAAUUAAAUAUGAAGGUUCAUAAAAAAAAAGAAAUAGAUAACUUAACAAAACAUUAUAGUAAAUUUUUAUUUUAAAUUAAACAUGAACGUUGAUUAAAAAAGUGAUUAGUUUGAACAUUUUUUACUCUUAUUUUUUUUAACACGCUGAUAGACAUUUUUUUAGCCUUGUUAAAAGAUCCAGUACCUCUUCAAGUAUUAGUUUGAUGCUGCCAGAUAUAUUCAUGUUAUUACAUAUCAUCAAAUAUUUGUGCAAAUUUAACAAAUUGGCAACAACACCUCUACUUGCACAAGUGGUUUAAGAGAAGAUAGCUUUGUGUGUGUGUGUACUGAUUUUACAAAAUAGCUUUUGUUUUAUGAUAUUAAUUAUUAAAGUGUCCUUAACAGUAACACUAUAAUCAUUACCAUUGUGUGGAUUAAAAAUGUAUGAUUAUCAUUGUUUUGUUUUACUUUCUGUCAUUCAAUUCCUUACUUAUUGUAUAAUAUGUACACUCUAUAAUUAUUUUAAAAUCAAAGUUGAAUAACUGUGUUGUAAAAUGUAUAAUACAAUUUUAGUAGUUUAGGUGAAUGGCCUACUGUUUGAUAGCUUUUAAAAGUUAGCUGAAUUGAAGUAUGGUUUUGUUAGGAAAAAAAUGUGUUGUAUUUUUUCCCCCUUGGGUUUUCUUGUAAAAUCUUGUUGAUGUGCUUGUAAUACAUUUUGAGCAUUCCUUGUUUAUCUUAGCUUUGAAAAUGGCUUUAUCUUUUAGUUAUGAAUUAGUGUUCUUUUCUAUGUAUGUUACAUUUAGUUUUAAGCAAGGAUACCAUAGAACUUUAUAAAAAAGUUUUUGCAAUGCAUUUUUAAAAAUAUAAGCAUUUAUUUAGCAACAUUCAUUUUAUUUUAAACAAGGUUUUAUUUUAGUGGUUUAAUUGUUUUGAUAGUUUCAAUAGGUUUAUCAUUGUGAAGAACAUACAUUUAUGUUUAGAUUCUGUUUGUAUGCAUAAAGUAAUUUGAAGCCAUGACAUAUAACUAAACUAGUAAAGACCAAUAAAAAACAUUUGUUAACUAUUGAGGCAUAAUAUACAACUAUUAGCCUACAGUGGAGACUACGCCAACAGAUGAGGAGACUCACUACAUAGUACAGCUCUGUACUAGUACAUCCUACUGUUCUAGAUCUCACUACUCAUUUAAUGUAAACAUUUAUUUACUAACAAUGUGGGUUGUAUGUGAGCAAAUCUUCAAAGUGGUAUUGGGUGUACCUGGUUCACAUUUUGUUCCUUCAAUGUAUACCUUUUUUAAAGGGCAAGUAUCUUUUAAUAAAAAAAAAAUAAAAACC